UAAACAUUAUAUGAAUAAAUUUUUCGAAAAUGGAACGUUCCGUUCUCACCAAAAAAAUUCAAAAGUUAAAAGACCAAAUCGACGAAGUGAACGAGGGAAUCAAAAUCCUCUGUAACAUCAAGAACGAGAUAAUUUUAAAGAUCGAGGAAUACAAGCAAAAAAUUCGGAAUUAUCGACCUAAGAAACCCCGACGUAAAAACCAUUUACCUCUUGUCUUAAAAGAAAAGUCGCUGUCAUUGUUAGACAGAGAUAUAAGCCAAAUCCAAAAUUUGCACGAUGUAAUUAUCCAGGACCUUGAAGAGUUAAAAAAAACCAUAUACACCCACUGUGGCAUAGUCGAAAAAACCGAGCUCAUCAUGAAUAUUUUAAACUACAAACUUUACGAGAUCCAGUACAAUUUCAGGACCGAAGUGGACCGACUAAAGGCCAAAAAAGAAAGUUUAUCUCUGGCUUCUUCGGAAAAAGAGGAUCCGACUAUAGCGCUGAAAAUCGUCGAGAUUGACGAUGAGGUUUCUAGGAUCGAAGAAACUCAUCAAACCAAUUUGGAUUGUAUAAAAGAACAAAAAAUUGAAGCUCAAAAGGCAUAUGAAGAUGCGGUCCAAGAACUAGACCAAAACUUAAAUAAAAUGACAGAUGGUUUAAACAAAUUGUUAAUCCUUAUUGAAGCUGAAAAGGCAACAGUUGGAGAAUCACAAAGCGACUUGGUAGACGCAAAAUUUGACCAAGAAGUGGAAGAGCUGAAAACUCAAAUUGACAAAUUUGCCGAGCUCCAAACGACCGGGUGGAAGGUGCUGUAUCCAGAAGAGAAGAUUUCAGAGAUGCUUCAGGAACGCGGCUUAAAAAUCCUCCAAACCGGACAUCUAAUAACUGACGACGGUUUGCCAAUUACAUAUCGAGAAGCAAAAGAAUCGAAAAUGCUAGAAAAUCUUUCUCCGGACGUCUUAAAAGAAUUGAGAACUCAUAUUCUAGGCGGCGGCGACGAUUCUACAAUCAGAUCAACACUCUCCACGUUGUCAAUCGGAAGUAGAAUUUCCUCCGAAGACGUCAAUUACUUAAAACAAAGCUUAGGCAAAGCGUUAACGCUUGCCAUAGCAGAAAUCACCGCGGUACAACCCAGAGAUCCAAUUCACUAUUUGGGACAUUGGUUGUUUAAGUACAGGUACAACCAACAAAUGGAAGACGUCAAUAGUGCAGAAUUUGAGAUUCUAAAUGAGAAGAGGAACAAGAUUGCUAAAGAAAGAUGGCAUAAAUUUGUGGAGGAGGAGGCGAGAGCUGCCGUUAUCGACAUGAUCAUUCGAGCGGAGCAAAUAGCGAUUUUGAAUGAAUUGAGGAGGAUUCAAGAAGAGGAAGAGAAUGAAGAGCAAGUUGAAAAUUACGAUGAUGAGGCGAGGGAUAUAUUAGGGCCAUUAUAAUGAAAACAAAUGUAAAUAUUAUAUUAUUAUACAAUUUUAUUGGGAAA